GCGAUCUGUGACGUCACUACCGGAAGAAUCUCGCUUCCAUCUCCGAGCCGGGCUCCGCCGCGGUGCCGGUGCCGCGGCCAUGAGCAAGCGGAAGGCUCCGCAGGAGAGCCCCAACGAGGGCAUCACCGACUUUCUUACCGAAUUAGCCAACUACGAGCGCAACGUGAACCGGGCCAUCCACAAGUACAACGCGUACAGGAAGGCGGCCUCGGUGAUUUCCCGGUACCCUAGCAAGAUACGGAGCGGAGCUGAAGCCAAGAAGCUGGAUGGAGUAGGUGCUAAAAUAGCUGAGAAGAUAGAUGAGUUCUUAUCCACUGGAAAACUACGCAAACUGGAAAAGAUUCGACAAGAUGAUACAAGUGCAUCUAUCAAUCUCUUGACACGGGUUACCGGCAUUGGUCCUGCUGCUGCUAGGAAGUUUGUCGAGGAAGGAAUUAAGACUUUAGAAGAUCUAAGAAAAAAUGAGCACAAGUUGACCCAUCACCAGCAAAUUGGGUUAAAAUAUUUUGAGGAUUUUGAGAAGAGAAUCCCAAGGGAAGAAAUGCUGCAAAUGCAGGAAAUUGUGCUGGAAGAGGUAAAGAAGCUGGACCCAAACUAUAUUGCUACAGUUUGUGGCAGUUUUAGACGAGGCGCAGAGUCGAGUGGCGAUAUGGAUGUUCUCUUAACCCAUCCGAGUUUCACAUCUGAGUCGUCCAAACAGUCAAAACUUCUGCGUCAAGUUGUAGAACAACUGGAAAAAGUCCACUUUGUCACAGAUAUGCUGUCUAAAGGUGACACCAAAUUCAUGGGUGUCUGUCAGCUGCCAAAUAAAGAAGAUGGAACAGCCUAUCCGCAUAGGAGAAUUGAUAUCCGGCUUAUCCCCAAAGAUCAGUAUUACUGUGGUGUGCUGUAUUUCACAGGAAGUGAUAUAUUCAAUAAGAACAUGAGAACACAUGCUUUGGAAAUGGGCUUCACGAUCAAUGAGUAUACAAUCCGUCCCUUGGGUGUCACUGGAGUUGCUGGGGAGGCCUUACCAGUAGAAUGUGAAAAAGACAUCUUUGACUAUAUCCAGUGGAAAUACCGAGAGCCGAAGGAUCGGAGUGAAUAACUGCUUUUCUAGAGAGAAGUGAGAGGAAUCUCCUAGCACUGGGUCAGCCUAUGGGACGCACUUGCUUAUCGUUCAGGGUUAUGGACUGAAAUAAAUGUAAGGUGUUUAGGUGCUUAUGCGUUGUAGGCUGCUGUUUCCUUGGUCGCUGCUGUUAGCUUGUGGAAGAGGAGACCUGAGUUUGUGACACAGUGCACAAGUAACUCUGGAUUUGAAUGCAUGUCCCUUUAUACUGCUUUGCAUUACUAAUAUCUCUUAGUCUUUGACAGGCGCUCAGGUGCGAUAAUUGUGCCGCUGUACUGACUAGUGUUUGAUAAGACUAACUGAAGCCACAGUCACAGUGCUGAAAAAGUUCUGGAUGUUGUCCAGAAGACAGUGUCACUGAGAACUAACUUGCAGAUUCUGGUCUGGAAAUGAUGUGCACAGUAAAGCCCAGAAGCACAGCCUGAGGUGCAGUGGCAGCUUUCUCCCUCUCGACCUACAAGCAGCAUGUGAUCUGCCCUUCUGUCCUUUCUUCAGCCACUCUCUAUGUUGUCCACAGAUUCCUCCUAGCUGCUCUCUCUGUGGCAAAUCAAUGUUCAGCAUGCCCUGGCCGUGGACUAGUGAUCUUUUUUUCCCAGCCUCAUUCUGGCUUUCUCCUUUUAUUCAGCCCUGCAUGUCUUCCUGAAAUGAUUUAAGAGGUCCAGAGCAAAUCCUAAAGCUUCCGUGUUUUUCCGUGUAAGGAAUACAAAACGUUACACCAUCGUACAUGCUGAAGUGUGGUUUCUUUUAGACCAGAGCCCUCCCUUGCCAAUUCUGAACAAAUUUGUGUCUCCUUUGUGGAUGUUUCUUACCUGGAAACUAAUACUUGUUUGCUGCCUAAGUAUUUAUUACAAGUUUGGUGAGGUAUGCAGUGAUUUUGUAGAUGUGGAAAUUCUUGAUGUACAUAAAAGGGUUUUUUUCUGCCUCGUCCACACUGUUGUACAGUGUUGUACAGCUCUGCUGUAGAGGCUGCUGUUUUAAAAGCAAUGUGCUUUUCUUUUACUAAAUAAUGUAUCUACUGAUGUCUUCCCUAUAGAGUUUGUCCAAAUGAAACUGGCUGCAAAAUCUGCUGUUGUGGCUUUUAAAAUCACAAGGAUGUGUGCUUGUGUAGAGAUUGUUCUUAUGCAGUUGCCUCUGUCUUUGCUCUUUGUGUCUUUGAUUAGAGUCCAGUUGCAUAUUCUGGAGAGCUUCUUGGAAAAGUCCUCCAGAAUAGUUUUUCUAUGUAUCCAUUUCUCCGGUUGGGAAAGCAGGUCCAUGAGUGCUUGCGGUUCAUAUUUUAUGCGCGUAGCUCUUAGUGUAAUGGAUUUUAUGAAUGGUAUGGCAAUGAGGUUGACUGCAAUUGUCAGACGCUCCCGAGAGCUUUGUACUGCCCAAAGAUGACAAUAGCAGAAAGCGGUCUGUUUCUUUUCAUCUAAGAACAUCGCUAUGCAUAUUAACUAGAUAACUGCACAAUUCUUAUAACAGUAAUCCCAUUCCUCAUAACUGAGUCUAAAACAAAAGAAUGUUGUCAUUGCAUGUGACACAAGGUGGAGGUUAUGUUUGUAGAUGUAGGCUCUUGCCAGGAUGCACCUUGGUUUUACUUAGAAAGUAAAGGAAAUGCUGAUACGGAACAGCACUGUGGGUGUACCUCUGAUGCUAAUUUAGUGUCAGGGGAGGUAGCUGAGAGCAAAUAGCCAUGUGUGUCAGAGAUGCUGUGGAAGGCAGAGGAGAAAUGGCACUGAGUUUCCCUAGAGAGUAGAGAAAGGGGAUGAGAAUUCUAAUGAGAGACUGUGCAGUCUCUGAAUAGUACUGCUACUUCAUCUUGUGGUGUGUUUGUCUUGAUACUUCUGAGAGAAAAAUCGACCUAUCUUUCUACUGAUAUUAUUAAACAUGCAGAGAUUUAUACCCACGUAUUUUUAAAGACGGAAAGAUCCAUUCUUCAUGAAGGUCAUAGCCCUAUUUUUUAUGUAAAUAUUAUUCUUUUUUUUUUUUUCCCUUUUGACAUCAAGCCUUGAUCCAAAAAUGUUGAGUGAUGAAGAAUAAGCAAAGUCUCUGGGUUUUAGUGUUUUUUUGAAAAAUGAAAAUAACCAAAAAAACCCAAACACCCAAAUUAAAUAACAUAUAAAAUUGUCUAAUGUAGGCUUUUAUCAAACAGCAGUUUAAUCUAGCAACAAAAAACUCUGCCUCUGAAGAGACUGCACCUCUUUGCUUGGUUAAUCAGCCUUCUGGUAAAGAGAUUGAAAUUUUGAACUAAUGCAGGUAUUUUCCUGCUCAGAACUGCAUAUUAGUCUGCUAGAUCUUUAUUCUGAUUUGUUUCUAGUUCUUUGUAUCUUAUGUAUGUAUAGACACCAGAAUGAAAAAGCUGGCAACAUCCUGGAGUAGUCCUCAAGAAUACCAUUUUCAACUGCUGUCUGUAUCUAUCAGUUGCAGUGUUCUAUAUUUUGUUCAAUUUGCUGUUACCCAGAAGACAGGUCUGAUUAAUUGAUGCGUUUCUACCACUCCUAUAGAGUCAAUCUGUCCUUUUUUGUAUGCAAACCUGUGUCAGCUCUGAUUUUUAUAGCUCGUCUUCAAUCAUUGUGAAAGGCAAUAACUUUUGGAUGUGAGAGGAGGUCCCAUCAAAAUUGCAUUACUAGUUGUAUCUGGGACAGGGAUUCUGUUGGUUAACUAGUUUUAAGUAGUAAACUACUAACUUCAACAUAUUAUAGAGCAUCAGCAUGGAAUAUAUUGCUGCUAAUGUAUUUGAAUACCUCAUAGGAAUAUAAGGCAAAUGUAUUACAGGAUUGCAACCUUGAAAAGGCAAGACUAUUUUAUACAUGGUCAAAUUGACUGUUGCCAAUUAUGUAACAAUUUUCCUGAUUUGUUAAUGAUUAGCUCUUCUAUAAGCCUUUAUGGGGGCAGAGGGGAGUUUGCAUCUAUAUUGUCAGACUACUUAACCUGACUUGAACUGUAAAACAAAGAUGGAU